AUGAGUCGUCGCAGUGGACGAUUGAGUUUAAAGCACCUCAAUCGCGAAGUUGAGGGUUCCACCAGUCUAAAGAAAUUAUCAACGCCAACAAAGAGGAAACAAGAACCACUCUUGGAGUUGGAAACUGUGGGCAGACGGAAAUCACUCAACUAUGACGACGAAAUUGCAUUCAAGCCUAGCGUCAAGCGACCACGGCUUUCGACUGGCUCGACCAUUAAGAAGAAAACAAUUUUGGGAAUUUUGAGUUCUGAUAACAGUGAUGACAACAAAGAGUCACCCUUUAAAGAAAAUGAUUAUCAAUCCAACAUAAUCCCAGCAAGCACUAAAACCGAAACAGCCGUCAAGGCUGAGAUCAAGGAGGAACCUGCUGAAGACGAGGCCGCUGAGGAAUCGGAAAUGACCGAAGUGGAACGGCUCCGCAGACAGAAUAUAGAGCAACGUAUGAAAAUGUUUGAGGAGCUGAACUUGGGGGAACUCAAGAAGGAAAUAGAAACGUCUUUCACGGAGACCAAAGCAAGUUCGAGCAGAAGGUCGUCCAUCUUCAGCUCAAAAUCAAGCAUUCCCUUCGGAGCCACAGAGGAAGUCGGCGCGUCUGCUAGGGACGACUGGGGUUCCGUUCCAAGAAACUCGACCCCGGUGCUGACCCUUGAUGACGCUGUACAUCACAACUUUGUCGACAAAGAGAAUUCGGUGCUGCUGGAGGACAUUUGCUGCAGCAUGAAAGUAAAAAAUAUGCAGAAAAAGACAGGCAUGAGGGAGGAAAAUUUGUCAUUGGAGGAAUUCAAGAAAAAGAUGAACUCCCUGACCCUGAAGGAGCACCACAAGACUAAGGUGGUGCCCAGUCGGAUAUAUUCCAUGGCAGUGUGUCCCAUGAGUUCAGGAUUUGUGGUGGCCGCAGGUUGCAAAUCGGGCGCCGUUGGUCUGUGGAAGAUUGACCCCGAGGGCAGUGAGUGGGACAAGGCCAAACAAGUUUGUUUCGACUACCACUCAAAACCCACCAACUGCAUAACCUUUGGAAUGCAAGAGCCACACCUGAUGUACACAACCAGCUACGAUGGAACCUUCCGCAGGGGCGACCUGGAGAAGCAGACCUUCACCCUGCUGUAUGAAACACCACCUAAUCGAAAGGAUAACCACACUUGUUGGCACGCUGAGAUCGAACCUGGCGUAUUUCUGCUCGGAGUGGGAGAUGGAAGUGUUGCCAGGAUUGACUCUAGGGAAGACCCUUCCACCGGCACAGAAACCUUCAGAUGUCACGACCGCUCUUUGCGGACAAUCAGUGUGCACCCUGAAACAGGCGUCCACUUUGCCACCACCUCUUCGUACAACAAGGAAGUGGCGAUCUGGGACCUGCGGAAAACAACCAAUAAUAAAUCCUUUAGUGGGAAACUGUCCAGCAUUGAAUUCACAAAGCCCCUCUCUUCAGCGUUUUUCUCUCCAGUCAAAGGCGACUCCCUGCUCACCACAUGUGCUGAUGACACGGUCUGCGUGUACAACUGCUGGGACCUGGAAAAUCCAAAACUGCAGGCCAAAGUCUCACACAACAACCACACCGGCCGCUGGAUCACCAACUUCAGGGCUGUCUGGCACCUGCAGCGAGAUGACGUAUGCAUCAUUGGCUCAAUGGACCGACCCCAAAGGAAACUGGAGCUCUUUGAAGUGGGGCCCAAGAUCAAGCCCCUGACCACCCUGAAAAACAACGAAUACUUCACCACCAUUGGGGCUGUGGCCAUGUUCCACCCCUACCUACCAGCUGUUGCAGCAGGCAAUGCGUCUGGUUAUGUCCACGUCUUCAUGUAG